AAGUAGGUGAAACGUCAUCAAUUUAUGUGUAUUUACACGGGUACCUAGGCAAAGCAUUUGGAGCUGGACACCGGAGAAUAAAUUUUAUAUUUUCUGUGUAUACACUUAAAAAUGCCUGAGUCAGUCAGCAUUAAAGUUGUUGGCAGAUGCCGACCUUUAACAGCAGAAGAAAACAAGAAAGGUGUGAAAGUAGGUGUGUCAGUGUCCGGGGACAAGGUUAUAGUUAAAAGUGGAAAGUCAGAGCAAAGCUUUAGCUGUGAUGGAGCAUAUCCACCAGAGUACAGGAAUAGCCAGAUAUACAAGGAGAGGGUGGAGCCGCUGGUACAUAGAGCUAUGGAAGGCUAUAAUGUCACCGUACUGGCUUUUGGAGCGGGUGGGUCAGGAAAAAGCAUGUUGAUGACUGGUACUGAUGAUGAUCCUGGAAUGAUACCAAGUGCUAACAGAAGUAUAUUUGAGAUAGCCAGCAAGCAGGGAGGAAAAGAUUUCAUGAUAAGUGUCUCCUAUGUUGAGAUUGUGGAUGAGAAAAUGACAGAUUUGUUGAAUCCCCACCCAAAUGCUAUGAACAUCAGACAACAUCCUACAAAAGGAAUUUUUGUUGAUGGACUGUCAGAGAUCAUUGUGAAAAGUGCUGAUGAGAUUGCGCAAUACUUUGAGCAGGGAACCAGGGCCAGAAAAAUGGGAGCCACUGACAUGAAAUCACACAGACCAAGAGCUAAUGCGGUAUUUACUGUGGUAAUAGAACAGAGGGAGAAGCAGUCCAGUAAAGUUGGUGUGAGAUCUGUGCUACAUAUGGUGGAUUGUGCAGGAAACAAUCCUGGAGGUAUAUCUGAUCCAGAGGUGCUUGCUGGAGUACAGGGGCUGCAGAAUGUGUUGAUGGCUCUAGGAGGCCCUAGAAAGGGUAGUGGGGUUCCAUACAGGGACUCCAAACUCACUAGAUACCUUCAGGAAUCUCUGGGAGGAAAUGCUAUCAGUUUACUGUUUGCCCUGGUAUCACCACUAGAUAAAUCACAUCAGGAGAGCACAAACACCAUGCAGGUUGCUCAGUUUGCAAAAAAUGUCAAAAACAGGGUAAAACUAAACCUGGAUGAGACAAAUGAGGUGAUUGCUGAGCUGAGAGAGGAGAUUGGUAAAUUGAGGGAUAAGAUUGCCUCCACCUCAGAACCUAAUAAAGAGGAUGUCCUAAAAUUGGAGGACUUGGUGAAGGACUUACAGAUUGCUAAGAAGCAGACAUGGGAUGAGAAACAGAGAGCCUCAGGCAGAUUUGAGGAAGAAAGAAAAGUCAAUCUUGCCAACAAGGGUAUUCUUGAAUGGGUCACAGACAAUGUGAAGAAAGGCAGUAAGGAGCUCCAGGAGAAGGUCCAGAUGUUACAGAAAGAGAAAGAUCAGGUGAUGGCAGCAUACAAGGAAAAAAGGGCCAUUGUGGAUCAGCUGAAAGCUGAAUUGCAAAACAAGAUUGCACAAUACUCCAAAUUUGCAGAAAAAGGUAAAGCAUCAGAGGCAGAGAACAAGGCUUUGGUUACAGCUAUACACAAACUGAAGGAGCAACUCAAACAAGAAACAGAGAAACUGAAAACUCUUAAACAACAACUUGUUGAGGUACAAGAAAGACAGCAGUUGGAGAAAGAGGGUGCCAAAGCACAGAUGGCUUCAAUGAAGGGAAGUGCUGAGCUCAGACAGAAAGUGGAGCUUGAAGAAAGAAAAAAACUUGAAGAGUCAAACAAAUCUUUGGUGGCUGAAGAGCUGGAAAGAACACGACUUGACAUUGAUGCAGAAAGAGCUGAGAUUCAGAUGCGUGCUGCCGAGGGGAAGAAGUACUCAACCAAGGAAGGGGAAGAACUGGAAAUAAAAGUGGCAGAAAUGAAGGCAGAAAAGUCUGUUGUGACACUGCAGUUGCAGUGUAUUCAGCAAGAGAAAGCGCGACUUGCCAAGGAGUUAGAGGAGAUACACAAACUACACAAAGAUGAAAUGGAACUACAGCAACUUCAGCAUUAUCAGACAUUCAGGAAUUAUCGUGAGAUGUUUGAAGAACAGAAGGUUGCUAUAGAGCAGCGUUACCGCCACCUGCUUGAUGACUCCAUCCAGGAUGCAGUUUUCUUGUCAGCACGCAACAACGAGCUUGUCCUAGAAAACCAGGAGCUCAGGCAACAAAUCAACGAAAUGAAGGAUGUGGUCACAAAACUUGGUGGAAGGUUGCCAAGCUCUGUUGAGAAUCCGCUGUAGGGACAGUUUAGAUUUCCAUCUCAGAAAUCAGGAACAAUAUGACAAUCAUAGCAGAUAAACACAAUCAAACCUGUCAACCCAAAGAAAUAAAUAUUAAGGAAAACUUGACAACUAUUCCUGAAGACUGAUGUUCGUUUUUUUUUCUGUUUUUGCAUUAUAUAACUACUACACAAUAGUGAGAUUUAUUUUUGUAUUUAGAAACUUUGAACAGUCGCAAUAGACCAGCUGAGAUUUUUUUGCAAAACAUGCACUGUUGUUGACAUUUGGAUAAUGUAGGGAAAAUGCUGGACAUUCCAAUGAAUGCUGGACAUUCCAUUGUAGAUAUGUAUUUAUUAACAGAUUUUUUUCUAUAUUGUGAUAUUUCUUGUUGUAUUUUUAUGCAUUUAUUUUGUUAAAGUUACCUACAGCAUAUAUAUAUAUAUAUAUAUGCAUUUUGAGGUCCUUGCCACUGUAUAUGUUAAGAGGGGCAUGUCUCCAGAUUCAUGUUUUUUAUUUCAAAAAUUUAGAAAAGUACUUUUUGUUUGUAAUUUUGAAUGAAAAUUAAAAACAAAGUGAUUAAUGCACCUUGUGUAGACUUCGAAAUGUAUAUGAAAGCUUUAUACCGUGUCAGUCAUGCUGACACAUAAAAGAAGGGUUUAAAGAAAUGUUUCACUUUAUAUCAUAUUCAGUAAAUAUCGGUUUUUAAAAAUUCAUGAUACCUUAUACUGUGAAAUCAUUAAUAUUCAUGGGGGACUCAUUUUCGUGGAUUUCGUGGUUGAAUCAAUCCACGAAAUUUAAUCCCAACGAACAUGUGAAAUUCCCAUUCAUUUUAUGUUCAAAAGUUGAAACCCACAAAUUCAUAUCUCAACGAAAUUGCCGUUUAGGCCAAAACCACGAAAUUUCAUGCCCACGAAAUUAAAUGGUUUUACAGUACUGGUACUGAUUAUAAACCCGGACAGAUGAUUAAGUCGACCACCUUGGAAAUAUUCGAUUGCAAUCAGUUAUGUAUAAAAUUGAACACACCAUCUAAUAGUUUCCACUUAAAACACCAACUGGUGUAAACAAAAACAAAAUUGGUAAAUAUUCUGUAUAAAUAAAUGACUUACAUUUAUUUGUAUGAAAAAUAUUUACUCAAAAUUACUGGGGAAGAGGGUGUUUUUUUGCACAUGCUCACUGUUGAAACAUGAAGGCCUAACAUUUGGUAACUUUUCAUUACUUGAUCAGGAAUGACUGUUGCAGCUUUUUGGGGAAAGUUUCAAUAUAAUAAUACCAAGAAAAUUUUGUAAAUGACAAAGUGUUCGAAUUUAUCAUCAGUCAACGUUCAUACAGUCCCCAUUUUACAUACCCCUUUCAGGGCCUCACUUCGUGUAAGUUUGCUUACUAAAUAUAAAUUUGAAUUAUGUAAAGUUUUGAGCAAAGGUUAAGCUUUAUUUUGAUAUCGACCAUUGAUUACAAUUUGUAGAAAUAAAUAAGUUACAGGUAAAAAACCUCAUUUUCUGUUCAGGUUUAUCAUCAGUACCAGUAGUCACAUCUGUUUUCAAAAUUUUGAUAGUAUUAUGUAUAUGUGUGCUGGUAUUUAUCAAGGCGUUAGACUUAAGAAUGCAAAUAUUUAAUUUGCCGUAAGUUUGUUUAUAGCAGUCUGAUGAAAUUUUGCUGAACUAUCUGUCCUGCAGAAUGUACUUUCAUGCAUAGUUUCAACAGUUUACAAUCUGUGCUGAUUUUAUCAGUGACAGAGCAAAAAAAAAAUUCGCGUUUUAAAGUCUAAAUUUCAGACUUACAGCGUUGAUGAAUAUGAGUCCAGGAGUCAUGUCCCGUUUGCUUUGUUUAAGUAAGGUGAUAAAGUUUUUUGUUAACCUUGGGGAAUAUUUGUUAGUGAAUGAUGAAUUAUUUUUCUCUUUUUUUUCCCCUGUUUUGUUAGUAUACAAAUGCAUAUAUUCGUGUCAGUAAAUAGUUUUUGAAAUAGAAACUAAGCAUAUUUUUUCACUUUUUCCUGGAUAAUAAAUGAAAUUACCUACUCUUAUUGUCUGUAUGUAUUGAUUUUUUGGCAAUACAAGAAGACAGAGAUAAAAAUCAUUUAAGUUUUAUACUCAGAUUAGUCUGAAUUCAAACACUGUAUGACUGUGACACAACCUAUUUAGCCUUGUCAAAGGCAUAUUAUCAGUUCUGAUAAUAUGGGUAAAAGUAGAGACAAUUUGUUUUAUACUGUAGAUGAUAUUGUCAAUAUAAUUGACAUGGAUAUUUUCUCAAAAUUUUUGAACCACACUUUCUAGAGAUUGUCUUAGCAGAAAUUGAUAAUGUUGAAAAAAGCAGCAUAUUAAUUUUAAAAAGUUACCUUCAUGUUUUAGACAAAAUAAAGUGGUCUAGAAAAUGAGGCUUCCUGUUCUGUCUGUAAUUUACAAUCAAUUUUGUCUUUUCAUAUGAAGUAGUUUCCGAUAGGAGUCAGUGAGAGCCGAGCAUUCGGCAACUUUUGUAACUUGUAAACAUAUCAAAUGUUAUUAAAAACUGCUUUAAACUUUUCUGUGAUAUGAAUUAUUAUUGCAAUGUAUUUUUAAGAACUAUUCCGUCCAUAUUGUAUUAGUAUUUUUUUUGCAUUUUUUCAAUAUUAAAAUACUUUAUAAAUAUA